UUUAGUACGUGCUUGGACAAGGCACGAGCUUGUUUGUACAGUAGAACAUUUCAUUGUUCUUACUUCGAGCUUCUGGACAUUUAGGCACUGCGCGAACAUGGAUUGGCAACGCGGGAUCCCUUUACAUUCUGAGUACAGUUUUGGAAUGCCAGCUAGCGAAGUGUUUUGAAAGCAAAAACCAACAAUAUGACUAACAAAGGUGUAGAUGCCACUAGAAUUCUAGAGAAGGGUCCGGAAUACCUUCGGAAACAGAUGGAACUGGAGAGCGAGGAGACGGGACGCAUGAGCGCAGUGGAGAUGCUUGCCGCAAGUAAAAAACAGUAUGUCAAAAGUCAACAGGUGGUCAACUCGAUACAGGAGCCCGUGGUUAGUUUUGGAUCUGCCUCUGUUAGUAGUAACGGAUCGUCUCACCGGAGCUCCAACUGGAACUGUAGGAACAGUGGGAGGAAUUCGCCUGCGGGUACAAGCAGUGUGCAAGGAGGGCCUUCGCCGCCGGAGGACAAACAUGUGGUGCAUCGUACGAGCUCCAAAAGAAGAGACUCACUUUUACUGUACCGACAGAAAUGUGAACUUGUGAAAGGAUCGACGCGUGAGAAAAAUAAACUGAAUUUGGGGCGCAGGUUGUUGCUCAGCUCUCUGGAUAAGGCAAGUUUACUACCUGAGGCAUCAGGUAAGGAAUGUGAGGAAGAGGAAAUGUAUACCAAAUGUACGACACCCGAAGGACUUGCCAAGGAAUGUGAUUCAAAGGCUGGCUAUUCGAAACCCAUACAGCCAGAAACACAAUCUAUAUCUACAGAUGAAGAUUGGACGGGCAUAAGAAGCCCGGUGCCAAAAGUGUCCCCAGCUGUGAUGCAUAGACCCACUCACAAAAGAGUAGCGGAAGUUCAGAGGAGGACUCGCAAAGGGGUCGGCCGUUCUCACUCUGACAUCAGCUCAAGAUAUUCCAAAAACUUUGCCGACUUUGAUGCCUUCUUCAAAUACUGCGGACUGAAUGGCGAAGUCAUAGAGUCCCUGGGCAAAGACAACUUUUCCGCAUGUUCGGAUGAACUUGCCAAUAAAAUCCGAAGCGUCAGCAUCUCGACGUCAGAUGACGGGUUCACACGGAAUAGUGGCGAGGACAGUAACGAAGGAUUACUGGAAGAGGAGAUGCAUGAAACUGUUCGACAGGGGACAUCGGUAAUUGAGCGCAAUGCCAGGAUUAUAAAAUGGCUGUACAGCUGUAAAAAUGCCAAAGAGUCUGGGAAGAAAUUACGAGAUCUAAACUGACAUUUCUGUAUUCAACGCCUACAUAUAGGCUUAUUUAGCAGCGUAGGCCUCUCUAUUAGGCCUGCCUAUAGGCUGCCUGUUUUAGGCCGAGGCUAUUCCUUACCCACUAAAAUGUUAAGCUGGGUCUGCCUCUGAAAUGCAUCAUUAUUUCAAUCCAAGCAAUUUACAUAAAUAUAUCUGUUAGACUACUGACUGCCAAGUUGUCUAUCAGAGUCUAACAGAUGGAUACUACAUGACAUUCCUGGCCUUCACACAAUGUUUUCUUGGCUAUUGCACAAUAGGUUAUAUGUUUGUGUGUGUGUGUGUGUGUGUGUGUUUGUAUUACUAUCCUUGUGGGGAUCAGAAAUCCUCACAAGGAUAGUAAAAUAAGGACAAUUCAGAUAAGUGGGGAAAUGUUGCUGGUUCCCACAAGGAAAAAGGCCAUUUUAGACUUAGGUGUUUGGGUUACAAUUAGGGUUAGGGUUAGGGAAAAUAUGAUUUUGAAUGAGAAUCAAUUGUUUGGUCCCAACAAGGAUAGUAAAACAAACAUGUGUGUGUGAUUUCACUGUUCACUACUUCGCUGAUGAAACACGUUUAUUGGUUGUGUGUGAACGCUUAUGUGUUAGUACAAAUGUUACAAGUACAAAUAGUCAACCAAGAGAAUCUGUGAGGUCUAUCUUUGGACUAUAGGUUUUAUUAUUGCUGUUAUUUUUUAUAGACAUGACCUGUAUUUCUGGUGGAAAUAGACCUUUGUACAGUAUGUGUUCUUAUGUCAGUUAAACCGUUAACCUCUUCCGGGUUAUAAUUUCAUGAACAGUUCUAUUGGAAUACCAAAGCACAUCUAGUUAUUGCCACAUUGUAGAAUCAUUAAACAGUUCAAUCAAUACUGGGCAUAAAUAUCUCUGGUACAGAUUGAAUGGAUGGUUUCAGGGUUUUUAUAAUUGUCUGAGCCCGAGGCAACCUGAACAAAAGUUUAUUGUCUCUAGGGCAGGUAGUCUUGAAGCAACCAUGAGAGAGUGCACCUGGUAAUUUGAAAAUGUAUUAGGUUAAAGGUCAGUGUUUGAAUGUAACUGAAUAUAUCUUCCUUUUUUUUCUUGCACAUUCUGCCACUACUACUCGUCUCUAUUUCACUCUCUCUCUGUUCUCCCCUCAACCCUACCUUCUUCUCUCCCUGUAAUUACAGCCCACAGGCAGUAACAUGACAGGAAGAAAAGUGAGGGGGAGAGAGAGAGAGAACACAGAAUAACACAGUCAACUACUCAUGUGUGUAUAUGGAUUAUACAUUCUUAAUCCACAUGUCCAUCUGUUAGCACACACAUCCCACUGGGCACAAACUGGUUGAAUCAACGUUGUUUCAAUGUAAUUUGUCAAUGUGUUGUGACGUGGAAUCUAUGUGGAAAAUACAUUUGAUUUGAAAAAAGGAAUCAACGUUAACUGUUUUGAGGGUGAAAUUUCAACCACAGAAUUAUGUCAUCAUGGUAACCAAUUUUUAACAUAGACAAACCUUGUAUUAAAUAUGUUGAAGUUGUACAUUUGAAACAACGUCAGAUCUUCAACAUUAUAUCCACUAUCAAAAAGUAAACAAUAGGCUGAGCAGUACCUCCUACUGGAAAAUUGAGCUAUCUACAUCUAUCCAUUAUGUCCCCCCUCCAGGGUUUUAAGCAAGCCCUGCCCCACUUAUCUUUGAUAUUUGUCACCAAUUACUACCAAUGUGCUACCGUGAGAAUGACUAUUGAGAGAUCUCUUAAUAAGCAGGCGACAGGUAGCCUAGGGGUUAAGAACGUUGGGCCAGAAACUGAAAGGUUCAGUUUUCACCAGGUGAAAACUGUCGAUGUGCCCUUAAGCAAGGCACUUAACCCUAACUGCUCUGAUAAGUCACUUAGUCUGCUAAAGGACUAAAAUGUAAAUGUAGUGACUAGAUUCACUGUUGCUAUCGAAGUAAUUUUAAAGGGAGGGCUUAAAAGAUCAAAUGAAGUGUAAGCAGACUUUACAUAUCAUCAAUGAUACUAUUUAGGCCUAUAUACUAUAGCAUUUGCAAAGUCAUCAACAGCUCUUGUUUUAAAUUUAACCCCAGGGUUCAACUAAAAAUAGACAAUACAUAUACAGUGCAUUUGGAAAGUAUUCAGACUUUUUCCACUUUUUUGUUACGUUACAGCCUUAUUCUGAAAUGGAUUCAAUUGGGUUUUUUCCUCAUCAAUCUACACACAAUAACCCAUAAUGACCAAGCAAAAACAGGGUUAGACAUUUUUGCAAAUUUAAAUCAAAUGAAAAAUAACACAUUUACAUAUCACAUUUACCCUUUUCUUUGUACUUUGUUGAAACAUCCAAGAUCUCUGGCUGGGCCACUCAAGGACAUUCAGAGACUUGUCACUCUUGCGUUGUCAAGUGGGCUGUCAUGUGUCUUUUAUUGAGGAGUUGCUUCCGUCAGGCCACUCUACCAUAAAGGCUGGAUUGGUAGAGUGCUGCAAAGAUGGUUGUCCUUCUCGAAGGUCCUCCCAUCUCCACAGAGGAACUCUGGAGCUCUGUCUGAGUGACCAUCGGGUUCUUGCUCACCUCCCUGACCAAGGCCCUUCUGCCCUGAUUGCUCAGUUUGGCCAGGCUGCCAACUCUAGAAAGAGUCUUGGUGAUUCCAAACGUCCUCCACUUAAGAAUGAUGGAGGCCACUGUGUUCUUGGGGACCUUCAAUGCUGCAGAAAUGUUUUGGUACCCUUCCCCAUAUCUGUGCCUUGACAAAAUCCUGUCUGGGAACUCUACGGACAAUUCCUUCGACCUCAUGGCUUGGCUUUUGCUCUGACGUGCACUGUCAACUGUGGGACCUUAUAUAGACAGGUGUGUGUGCCUUUCCAAAUCAUGUCCAAUCAAUUGAAUUUACCACAGGUGGACUCCAAUCAGGUUGUAGAAACAUCUCAAGGAUGAUAAAUGGAAACAGGAUGCACCUGAGCUCAAUUUCGAGUCUCAUAGCAAACAGUCUGAAUACUUAAUGUAAAUAAGGUAUUUCUGGGGGCGUUGUAAUAAAUUUGCUAACAUUUCUAAAAACCUGUUUCGUUUUUUAAUUAUGGUGUAUUGUGUGUAGAUUGAUGAAGAUUGAAUUUUAUUUAAUCAAUUUUAGAAUAAGGCUGUAAUGUGGAAAAGAUCAAGGGGUCUGAAUACUUUCCGAAUGCACUGUAAGCCUAGGGUUUUCCUGCUUUGAUUGAUGUCAAAUGUAAUCUUCAUGUUAAUAAUGAAUAUGUUGGAUUCA